GUUACAAUCACAUCAACCUAACUAAGCAAAACAAAAUGUUCAAAUACGCCGUGGUUUUGUUCGCUGUCUUCGCUUGCGCUGCCGCCAAACCUGGAUUGAUUGGCGCCCCUUUGGCUUAUAGCGCUCCUGUGGUAGCAGCCCAUCCACCAGUGAUUACAGCAACCAGCAGUCAAGUUGUGGCCAGGACACACAAUGGCUUGGUGACGGCCCCCAUUGUGGCACCAGUAGCCCCAGUGGCUCCAAUUGCACCAGUUGCCAGAGUGGUUGCUCCAGUUCCUCGAGUUCUAGCACCUGCUCCCAUUGCUGCCCCACUUGCUGCAGCUCCCAUUCCAGCUGCCUACCAUGCUCCAGUGUUUGCCAGAUACGCCGCUGCUCCUGUUGUAGCCCGCUAUGCUGCCCCUGCUCCAUUUGUAGCUCGUUAUGCAGCUCCAGCUCCUUUGGCCUACAGCAGUCCUUUGGCCUACUCUUCACCUCUGGCUUAUGCUCCUAACUAUGUGUGGUAA